AGGAGCAUGAAGGCAAAAAUCAUGUCAACCUACCCUGAUGCACUUCCAGAUAAUACAACAAUUCAGGCACUCGAUCAAAGACCUGAUCUUGAAAUGCCACGAUAAGUUUGGUACUGUAAAUGUUGUUUCUUCUAUUUCUUCCAUUCUAGAUAUGGAAAAUUUGGCUUGGGGUGGAUACUUUAUGAUAGAGCUUAAUUGUUUUCUGAUAGUUCUGCAGCUGUAUAUUUCAAAGCGUGCUACGAUUAGUCGUGGUCUCUCUUGAACGGUAGUUCUAAUCUGAUUUGCACUUUGCGCGAA